AUGGCCAACAAAUACUUCCUGCGACAAAGUUUUAUUGCAUUUGGCUUCAUCACGCAUGGAUUUUGUGCAGGCAUGGCGAUAGUGUUUAUUUCAUCAUUAAAUUUAGCACUCCUAUCGCCAGAUGCUACAGAGAUACGAGCUACGCCUGAUCAGACUUCUUGGUUAGCUUCUUGCAAUACCAUCACAGGUUUGAUCGGCUACUUUACAAUCCCGCCAAUAAUGCAAAAAUAUGGCCGAAGAGUAAUAAAUAUUGGUACAGCUGUCAUUUACUCCAUUGGCUGGUUAAUUUAUAUCUUCGCCAAUAAUAUAUUGACCCUUUUUAUAGCCAGAUUAGUCCAUGGAAUAUGUUUAGGAGCGAUUUACAUCAACUGUGUAAUAGCGAGCGAAUAUUCCGACCCAAAACGAAGAGGUUAUUUAGUGGCAAUCAAAAAGAUGUUUUCGUUAAUAGGAGCUUUCUCUUGUCAUGCCCUGGUGCUGUGUUGGACGUGGAGACAGAUUGCUAUAUUUGCAAUAUUUCCAAAUUUAUUAAUAAUUAUUAAUGGCUUCUACUGGCCAGAGAGUCCGUCCUACUUGGCAAUGGUAGGAAGAUUCGAGGAGUGCAAAUAUUCCUUCUAUUGGUUACACGGAAAAUCCGUAGAGAAACAAAACGAAUUGAAGAUAUUAAUGGCCGCUCAGACUGAAAGAAUCCUAAAGCAUAAUAGAAAUAAUUGUACUUCUCCAAUAGAAUUGUUAUAUGCAUUUCGUGAUAAAGUAUUUCUAAAAGCAUCUCUAGUGAUGUCUGUAUUGAUAUUUGCUGUAGAUGUAUCUGGAAGGUUAUAUCUUUUUACAUAUGUUAUACAAAUUAUGAGAGAACUCGUGACCGACGAAGCGAUUGCUGGUUACUGUACACUAAUUGUUGAUUUGUUCACAAUAACCGGAUCUAUUAUAUCAGUUUUUGUUAUACACAAAUUGAAAAGGCGUACAGCACUUUUGUUUUCAGGCAUUUUGACAGCUAUACUAAUGUUGUCAACAAGUUUGUUAAUAUUUUUAAAAGAACAAUACAAAAUACAAUCAUCACUAACGUGGAUAAUACUUUCUAUUGUUAUGUUACAAAAUUUUGUAUCUUACAUAGGUUUUAUACCAGUUACAUAUAAUAUUGCUGGAGAAAUAUUUCCUUUAGAAUACAAAGGUAUUGGAUCGUCUGUUACUGGAAUAUCGUAUAUGUUAUUUUAUUUCGUAACUAUGAAAUUUACACCGUUUAUUAUAGAUGGUACAGGAUUACAAGGGAUGUAUUUAAUAUAUGGGAUAUGCUUGUUAUUAUGUAUACUUGUGUUGUAUUUUAUAUUAUUAGAAACUAAGGAUAAGACAUUGCAAGAUAUUGAAGAUGAAAUCAAAGGGGUGAAGAGGUCAGCAAUAGAAAUGAAACCGAUGUUAGAUGGAACCGUAAAACUGAUUGCGUAA